AGGGCCCAGGCACCAAGGACAGCAGGGGAGCAGGGCAAGGCGGGCACAGGGCGGGCAGGAGUGGCGCCGCCUGGAUAUAAGAAGGCGCCUCGGCAGCAGCACCACACAUCACUCUCCCUUUCCUGCAACGGCACGUCAGCAAACAUGAGGAUCCUUGUCGUAGUAGCGGCGGUGUUGGCCGUCGCGGCCGCCAGCCCCAUCGGCUUCGCGAGGAAAGGCGUAGGCCUGAUCGGUCGCAGCGGCAUCGUCACGGUCGACGGCCGCAUCAUCCCUUUCACCCGCGAGUUCAUGGACGACAUCGUGGAGAUCGGAGAGGCUGGCAUCGUGACUAAGUCCGGCAAGAACGUCCACCUCACCCUGGACCUGCAGCGAACGAAGCGCGACGUGACCAACGGCUUCACGAGGCCCAAGGUGGGCUCCAUCGGCUACGCCGGGGCGGUGCUCACUGACGGCACCAUCAUCCAGUUCACACCGGAGUUCAUCGAAGACAUCCUUUACUUCGGCGAGUCCGGCAUCGUGACCAAGUCCGGCAAGAACGUUCAGCUCACCGCUGACCUCAAGCGUGUCUAAGGUUGUUACGGGUCCGUCAGGGCCACGCCUGCUGCUGUUGCAAGUUUCCUUUACCUCAGUCUCCUGGAGGCAGUUUACAAGUGUCUCACCUUUGCUCUUCAUCAAUUUCUGUAAUCUUCCGUCCACCAUCUCUGCCAUGAACAAAGUCAUCAAAACUCUACA